UCACUCAUCUCCGAAAUUAGGGUUUUAGUCUCUAGCCACCCGAAGCUUUGCGACAAACAUGGCGACCCAGAUCAGCAAGAAGAGAAAGUUCGUAGCCGAUGGUGUGUUCUACGCUGAGCUCAAUGAGGUUUUGACCAGAGAGCUUGCUGAGGAUGGUUACUCUGGUGUUGAGGUUCGUGUCACUCCUAUGCGUACUGAGAUCAUCAUUAGAGCCACUCGUACUCAAAACGUUCUCGGUGAGAAGGGCAGGAGGAUUAGGGAGCUGACAUCUCUUGUACAGAAGAGAUUCAAAUUUCCUCAGGACAGUGUUGAGCUUUAUGCUGAGAAGGUUACCAACAGAGGUCUCUGUGCUAUUGCCCAGGCUGAGUCUCUACGUUACAAGCUUCUUGGUGGUCUUGCUGUUCGUAGGGCCUGCUAUGGUGUUUUGAGGUUUGUUAUGGAGAGUGGAGCCAAAGGAUGCGAAGUCAUUGUGAGUGGAAAACUCCGUGCUGCACGUGCUAAGUCGAUGAAGUUCAUGGAUGGUUACAUGGUUUCCUCAGGUCAGCCAACCAAGGAGUACAUUGAUUCUGCAGUGAGGCAUGUUCUUCUUAGACAGGGUGUGUUAGGUCUCAAGGUGAAGAUCAUGCUUGACUGGGACCCCAAGGGAAUUCAAGGACCUAAGACACCAUUGCCUGAUGUUGUGAUCAUCCAUGCACCAAAGGAUGAAGAAGUUCACAUCGCCCCUGCUCAGGUUGUUCCUCAGGCUGCUCUUCAGCCAGAAGCCCCAUUAACAACCACAGAUUAUCCAGCAAUGCCAGUUGCAUAGAAAGCCUUUUUGCCUUCUGGUUUGUACCCAAUGCGGCGGAUGGUUCUUUUUUUUGGGACAGUACUAGUUUUUUUCUCAUGUUCUAAUAUAAGUUUCUGGGGUUUGAAUUACAUCAAGGAUAUAAGUGUUAUGUUUAAGAUC